GCUCAGGUGUUAAAUUGUUUUGCAUCAUUUAUAACUUUGUUGUUCUGGGUUUUUGUUGGUUAGUCAGAUACCUGUUACAAAACGACACUCAUAACUCUUAAGUGCAAGUUCCUAUCUAUCUAAUCACUUUCACAAUUUUACGGACGUGUUUUAUUCAUAUUUGAGUAAGAAAAAACCUAUUAAAAAUGGCUCCGACAAUGGCACCAACAAUUUCACUAAGCAACGGCCAACAAAUGCCAAUUCUUGGUCUCGGUACUUGGCGUUCCUAUGAAUCCGAAGCUGAACAAGCCUGCAAAGAUGCCCUCGAUUGUGGCUAUCGUCAUAUUGAUACAGCUUUUGUCUACGAAAACGAAUCCGAAGUCGGACGUGCUGUUAAAGCUAAAAUCGCCGAAGGGUUAAUUCGUCGUGAAGACGUAUUUGUCGUCACUAAAUUAGGUGGCAUUCAUCAUGAACCCAAACUCGUGCAACACGCAUGUCAGCUAAGUCUGACUAACCUGGACCUAGGCUAUAUCGACUUGUACCUGUUACAUUUUCCAGUAGGUCAAGUUUACAAUGGCGAUGGCAAUGUCCAUGGCAGUGGUCAACUAUCGAAUGUUGACUAUUUAGAUACUUGGAAAGAAAUGGAAAAGUUAGUCGAGUUGGGUUGGGUUCGUGGCAUUGGGUUAUCUAAUUUUAAUAGUGAACAGAUUGAGAGGGUUUUGAAGAACUGUCGGAUUAAGCCAUUGGUCAAUCAAGUUGAAUGCCAUCCGGCAUUCAAUCAAAAGAAAUUGAUUGAAUUUUGUCGACAGAGGGAUAUUGUUGUAACAGCAUAUUGUCCUUUGGCGCGGCCAAAACCAGAAUUGAAAUGGCCUCCAUUUAUAUACGAUGCUACUGCUGAAGCAUUGUCGAGAAAAUAUAAUAAAACACCUGCUCAAAUAUGUUUGAGAUAUUUGAUACAAAUUGGAACAGUGCCUAUUCCAAAGUCGGUUAGCAAAAAAAGAAUCGAAGAGAAUUUUCAGGCUUUCGAUUUUAAGUUGAGUGAGGAGGAUGUCAAGAUCAUAGACCAAUAUAAUACCAAUGAGAGGAUGAUUCCGUUCUCGGGUAUGAGAAAUCAUCAGUAUUUUCCAUUUAAUAUUGAAUUUUAAAUUAAUGAACGCUUUAUAGAGAAAAUACUCAUACUUUGGUAUAAUAAAAGAUAAUUGUAAAUAUAGAUAAA